UGUUUUUUUCUUAUAUGAAUUGUAUCUCAGUAAAAUUGUUUCAUUUAUAUUUUUGUUUAGGCCCACUGUCAUGCACAGUGCAAGCAUUUCUUUUGGAUAGGCUACCCCCUAUAAAGGACAUGCAGGUAGGUUUCCAUUAUUGUAAUGAAACAGCAGGGAGCAGGUCUCGACCUUCGAGCCCGAGGUCCGGCGCGCUAUCGACUAUGCCGCAAAAGAAUGCUCGUGCGGCAAGGACGAUUUCCGUGAUAAACCCAGGGUCGUUACAAUAUAUGUUCAACUUUGUGUUGAUUUUGCAGAAGUUAUGGCAAAGACAUUCUUGAUAUUUAAUCCAGCCCUUUAGUAGUCUGGUAUAAACAGCGUAUAGGCCAAGUCAGUAAGGUUAGUAAAAUCAGGUGGCCACGUGUGUGUAAACUAUGUUCGCGAGCCUCUGAGGUCAUAGCAAAGCUUUAGGCGCCCUGAUGAUUCGCGAGCAGCCUGUUAUGAGGCUAGGCGGGUGAAUCGCGACAGAUGGCUCCCGGACCCGCUAACUCACCGGCGUUGCCGUCCCGGUGCGCGUGGAUUCCCCGCAUUGACUCGUGAUGAGUUCAGCAGCAGCAGAGGAGGCGCGCGGAAAGAAAACAUGGGCACACUCUACUCGGGUUUCUGCCGAUGACGUAGCGGCCUGUAAACUCAUCUAGAGAGUUUACUGUAUUUACAUUUCUGGAUCACAGAGAGCUCGCGAGGGGUAGGCCUACUUCCUACCGGCAUUUUUUUUUAAAUAUCCCUUAUAUGCAGUGUACGCGAAUGUGUGACAAUGAUCGUCCCAGACCACUGAUUUAGCCCUAUGUAUCCGCCAAUCUGGUCAUAUGUUCAGAGAAGAAUACCUGGAAGAAGAUGAGGAACCACCUUUGCUGCUCAGCUCUUGUCCUUCUCACGGUGUUUGGCACUGGAGGGACUGUAGCCGUGCAGUGUCCCUGGGGGGAGGGGUGUGUGUGUCUGGAGUGCCCCAGUGGCCAAGAGCCAAUCAAGGCUUGCGGGCAGGUCAAGGGACCAGGCGAGGUGGUGCAAUGUCAGUCUUGUCCAGCGGGCACGUUUUCAGACGGCUAUGACUCUGAUCAAUGCCGCUCACACUCCUCCUGCGGGGUCCUCAACAAAAUGGUUGUGACCUCUGGUACAUCACACUCUGAUGCUGUCUGCGGAGACUGCCUGUCUGGGUUCCACCCCACUGCUGGGAGGACAGCCUCCACCCUGGUCUGUGUGAGAGCUCCCCCUUAUCUCUCCCCAGCCCCCCCGGCCCAGUCUACCCACGUGCGUGCGGUGCGUACGGUAGGUAAGGGUUUGGCGGGAAGUGGCGGCCUGUCGGUGAACGGUACGGCAGUGCGGAGCCCGGAGGAGAAGAGUACAGAGUAUGCCGUGUUCGUCCUGGUGCCAAUCUUCUGUGUGAUGGGACUCCUGGGGAUCCUCAUCUGUAAUAUCCUCAAGAAGAAAGGAUACCACUGUACUGCUGAGAAGGAGGGAGGAGACGAGGAAAAUGCCACACCACAGAAAGAGGGUAACGGUUGUCCCUACAUCGUAGAUGACCCUAAUGAAGACACCAUCAGUGUUCUGGUACGCCUCAUCACAGAGAAGAAAGAGAAUGCUGCUGCCCUGGAGGAGCUGCUAUUGGAGUACGAGAGUAAACAGAUGGACAUCAGCAAAGCCUCCUCAAUCAAGUUUCCGGUGCUGUCUCCUCUGACUCAGUUCCUCUCCCUGCCCAGACUGUGUCCUCACCAGUCUCACCUCCACACCAUCUCUGGCCUGUCCGGCCUGUCUGGCCCCCGACACGGCUACUGCUGCUCCCGCUGUGCCCAGAAGAAAUGGCCCCCAUCCUCCUCGGCCCCCUCAAACCCCCACAGUCCCUCCUGUUACCCCCUCUGGACCUCCAGUCCCUCCAGAAGACCCCUCUCCUGCCCCCCGUGGACACACACCACUCCCCCCCUAAGAUCUCCCAGACCCCCAGCCCUGAGUCAGAGUCACUCCCUGGGGGGGAGUGGAGGAUGCCCGGGGAGGUGACCCGGUCUGUUGGGAGGUUUCAGGUGGCUCAGAUUCAGGAGCAGAGGCCUGGUUCCAUGGGGAUGACGUUCCGACCAGAGUCUAGUGACUCAGACUCAGUGGAAGACGCAUCUCUGCUGGUGGGGAACAAGUCAUCCUCGUCUUCUUCCUCAUCAGCUGCCAGGGGUACACAGGAGGUGCCGGUCACUUCCUUUUCUCUUUCUCCCUCUCGUCGUUCCUCUCAUUGUAUUUUCACCACCUCUCUUCUUCUUCUCUCCAGUCCACUGAACAUUCUGAUUCUUGGAGUGUCGUUGACUUCUCCCAGGAGUCCCUGGAAAGCGCACACACGCACACGCACACGCACACGCACACACAGGAAGGCAUAUUCUUCUAGUGACUGCUGAAUUAUGAAAUAGUAACACGUUGCCUGUCAUUGUGGUGUCGGGGGAAGAACUCCCUCCACCACACACACACACCCUCCCUAGUUAGUCAUCAGUGACAAAAACACACACGUCUAGCUCAGCACAUUUAAACGUGAGACAUACAUAAAACACGGUUCAUUCAUGGUUUGUCAAUGCUGACAGUUAGUGAGGAAGCUACUGACCCCUAGUGGAGAUAUUGGGAACACACACACACACACCACCUCUCAAGUCCCAUUCCUGUGAGACAACAUCCUGUGAGUCAAUGGUCAACCAUUCUAAUAAUCUCUCUCUCUCUCUCUCUUUCUCUCAGGUUAACAGCUAAACAUUUGCAGUGGUGAAUGCUGGGUAAAAAAUAACUCUACCUCGCUGAGCGAAGGAUGCGAUGGGAUUCCAAAACGGUGACCAGAGAGGUUGAUUUUCCUCUUUGUUGGGAUUUGGGAAGUUAGCCUGGGUGCUUGUUGGGAACUUAGCCUGGAUGCCAGACACAGGGAAACACUCAUAUUUAUAACACAAUCAACUUGUAUUUUAUCCUAUUGUUGAGCAAUAAUCCUCUGUCUUUAGUGGCAGGGAGGAGAAGAGAGAAGGAACAAACUAUUCAUUAACCCAGGCUUGUGGUUGUGCUUCCAUAAGACUCUGGACAGGUUGGAGGACCUUAACACUGUCUGCACUUGAUACUGCAAUACACACACACACACAUACACGGUAGGUCUACAUUCACACACACACACACACACACACACACACA